GCAACUAUGUUGAAACAAUGGGGCUAAGAGGGUAUAAAAACCUUAGGUAUGCUGCAGUCUGUCCUUUUAACAGAAAAUCUUUUUACAUAACUGCUGGACUGCAAAAAGAGGUAAGCUUGCUGUCUCUAACUCUGAAACUACUGCCACUUUUUGCCCAUGCUGUCUUUAGUAAAUAAUGGUGCCUAUGCUUAUUGCAGUGUGAUCUGUUUUAGCAUGGAACCAGUAACUUCAAACUGCAUUUUACCACCAGGCCAAGGCCCACACACACAUGGGGGGAACCAGAACAAUCAUGUUCCAGCAACACUUUAUCCCAUAGUGAAAGUACUGUCAAAACAUGACCAGAGGGAAAACAAACUCAAAAGAAAAAGAGAGGAGACAGCUGAAAAGGAAAAUUCACCAGCAUCAGUGACUGAUGGACGGAUGAAGCCUAGCAUGGGCAACCUUUCUGAAAAUACUGUAGUCAGCGCUACAAGGACACCUCCUCCAGAACCACCAAAGAAACUCAAAAGAAAAAGAGAGGAGACAACUGAAAAGGAAAAUUUACCAGCAUCAGUGACUGAUGGACAGAUGAAGCCCAGCAUGGGCAACCUUUCUGAAAAUGCUGUAGUCAGCGCUACAAGCACACCUCCUCCAGAAGAACUACCAAAGAACCAAAAAUCUGCUUUGAGACCUUUAACAACGCAAAACAGCACUGAAGUGCAGAUGAAGCAUCCGGGCAGCCCAGACCUCAUAUACGUGAAACCCAAGGACAAAACAAAAGACUCUGGUAAAAAGCAACCACACAAACACAACUCCAGUUGCUCAGCGGCUACAGCCACACCAAGCCCUGAGAAAACUGUGAGCGAAAAUGCCCACAUUCACAAACCCAGAGCACGCACUCUAGGGGUUCUGAAGGUGCGCAAACCUGGAGCAUGUGAUGUAUGGGCUCCAUAUAAAAAACCAUGGACUAGAAGCUUCUGCGAUGCCAAGGUGUUGCAACCACACAAACACAAUUCCAGUUCUUCAGCGGCCACCGCCACAGCAAGCCCUGAGAAAACUGUGAAAGAAAAUGCCCACGUUCACAAACCCGGAGCAUGCGCUCUAGGGGUUGUGAAUAAAACACCGAGCACUGACAAAACAUUCUCCCAAAACCAUAAGCUCGCCACAGCUCCCCCAAGUUCUAGUGUUUGGGAAGAGUUUGAUGCUUCCAUCAGAAAAGUGAUGGAUGCUGUAUCCUCGGGGAGUCUAAAAGAACGGCCUUCUAGAAAGACUUGGGAAAAAUAUGAUGCUUUGUUCAGAGCAAUGUUAAAAGACAGGAGGGCUGAAAAGGGUGUCUCUGAGCAGGCAUGACUAGUCGUGGAAAGGGGCCUGGGUAAAAGGGGCACCCUCCAGAGUACACAUCAGCUUAUGUGUAAACAAAAGGGGGGACAGCGCUUGAGGGAUAAACGGAUGGCUGCCAAAAAGUUUCAGGCCAGGGUGGCUGUAAAAAUCUUAAAAAGGGCUAAAGAGGUAAUGAGGAAAAAAAAACAAAGA